GGAUUGGUCAAACUCAUAUCCAGAGGCCAGAGAGACAUGAAGGUUUUAUGCUGAAGAAGAGGAAAUGGCCUCUGAAGGGCUGGCACAAGCGAUUUUUCAUUUUAGAUAACGGGAUCCUGAAGUACUCCAAAUCUCCUGUAGAUAUUCAGAAAGGAAAGCUUCAUGGCAGUAUAGAUGUGGGUCUGUCUGUGAUGUCCAUCAAGAAAAGAGCUCGUCGCAUAGAUCUGGACACAGAAGAGCACAUUUACCAUCUGAAGGUGAAGUCUCCAGAUGUUUUUGACAUCUGGGUGUGCAAGCUGCGUCACCAUCGUUUGUUCCGUCAGAACGAGAUUGUUCGCUCUCCUCGUGAUGCUACGUUACGGACCUUCCCUCCGUCUGCCAGCGCAGAGUCACCCCAGAACACCCCUUCCAGCGCACACCAAAACAAGCAGGGUAAACCCAGUAGUCUGCCCUGGCAGCUGCCGCCAUCCUGUAGUAAUGGACAGAGUAAAGUGGCAGCCUGGUUACAGGAGUCAGAGGAGAUGGACAAGUGUGCAGAAGAACUUGCCUACUGCCAGUCUAGUCUUUUAGAAUUGAGUCAACUGCUGCAAAGUAUGGAGAUCUUACAAAGGACACAGUCAGCUCCAAACUUCACCGACAUACAGAGUAACUGUGUAGAUUUGACAAAGAAAGAAAAGCGAGUCAGCAGAAGAUGGAGGACUAAAAGUGUCAGCAAAGAUGCAAAAUUGCAACAGCAGGUCCAGUCACUUCCCCAGUCACACAGUGCUAAA